AUGAGUAUACGAAAAGGCAGCCCAGAAGCUCGAAAGGACAAACUUAGCUUCCUCGAUGAGCUCACUCCUGAGCAGAUGGCCUGUUACCGACCAGACCAGAUUGCGACUAUCUUGAGACAACGUGCGCAGUUGAAGGACGUCAUCGCGGAGGAGGAAUUUAGGAGAAGAAGUUUGGCUCUACUUGACAACACGCCUCCGCUCCAUGGCUUAGAUACCUUUAUGGGUGACAAUACUGGAGAAUGGGCAUACGGCGAGAAUAAGAGUUUUGCCGACGGAGAAAUCCCCCCAACUGCCGCUGCAGGUUUUGGAUUUGAGGCAUUGGGAGGGAGACCAGUCAUCGAUAAAGAUGUCAUCAAUCAUAUCAACGAGCACCGUACUAAAGCACACAACCGCCAAAUGAUGGAAUUGCUCGAAGAACAAAUCGCCCGUAUGCUAGGCCGUCAUCACAAAAAUCCAGAUCUAAGGAACGUGCUUAGAAAGACGGUGUUUGCACCCAAACCACGAAGGUUGCCCAUUGUGAAGAAAGUUGCAGCCACUGGUCAGUAUCCACAUGAAAAGGAACCAGCCCCGACCAGCACUACCCAAUAUCGCGAUCAAGCACUCGCAUCUUCAAAUACCCCCGACUUGCUGGAAAAUCCCUGGCCAUGGAGCAAUCGCAACGGCAAGGGCUACGAGCCACACGUAUUCCCCGUCCUACCACUCCUUCACAAUCUACAAGACGUCGGUUGGCAGAUCAACUCAUAUUCAACACUUCCCACUUUCCACCCGACGAAGGUUAUCCCUGGAGACUUCUUCCGAAUCAAGGGAAUAUUGAAGCGAGAGAUCCUUGUCUUCGCAGACGCUCAAAAACCAUUGACUCGCGGGGGGGGAGUGUUGGAUACAACUUGGCAGACAACGGCGUGGCCGUGA